GCCCGCGGGCGUCUCGCGUUCCUUGGAUCGGAGCGGGGUAUGAGCCUCUCGGUGACCGGCGGCUUCCUUCUCGUCCGUCGCUCCGGCCGCCAUGUCCCUCACCGUCGAGCAGGAGUUUGACGAGCUGGAUGCUCAGAACUGCUGGCAGCAGCUGUACUUGGAAAUUCGAAAUGAGUCCCAUGACUACCCUCAUAGAGUGGCCAAGUUUCCAGAAAACAGAAAUCGAAACAGAUACAGAGAUGUGAGCCCAUAUGAUCACAGUCGUGUUAAACUGCAAAAUACUGAAAAUGAUUAUAUUAAUGCCAGUUUAGUUGACAUAGAAGAGGCACAAAGGAGUUACAUCUUAACACAGGGUCCACUUCCUAAUACGUGUUGUCAUUUCUGGCUCAUGGUUUGGCAGCAGAAGACCAAAGCAGUUGUCAUGCUAAACCGAGUUGUAGAGAAAGAAUCGGUUAAAUGUGCACAGUACUGGCCAACAAAAGAUGAGCAAGAGAUGCUGUUUAAAGAAACAGGAUUCAGUGUGAAGUUCUUAUCAGAAGAUGUGAAAUCAUACUAUACAGUACAUCUACUACAAUUAGAAAAUACCAAUAGUGGUGAAACCAGAACAAUAUCUCACUUUCAUUAUACCACCUGGCCAGAUUUUGGAGUCCCUGAAUCGCCAGCUUCAUUUCUCAAUUUCUUGUUUAAAGUGAGAGAAUCUGGCUCCUUGAACCCUGAGCACGGGCCCGUGGUAAUUCACUGCAGUGCCGGCAUCGGGCGGUCUGGCACUUUUUCCCUAGUAGACACCUGUCUUAUUUUGAUGGAAAAAGGAAAUGAUAUUAACAUUAAACAAGUGUUACUGAAUAUGAGAAAAUAUCGAAUGGGACUUAUUCAGACACCAGAUCAACUCAGAUUCUCAUACAUGGCUAUAAUAGAAGGAGCAAAGUUUAUAAAGGGAGAUUCAGAUAUACAGAAACGGUGGAAAGAACUUUCUAAGGAAGACUUGUCUCCUGCUUUUGAUCAUUCACCAACCAAAGCAGUGACUGAAAGAUACAAUGGGAACAGAAUUGGCUUAGAAGAAGGAAAACUUACAGGUGACAGGUGUACAGGACUGCCCUCUAAAAUGCAGGAUACUGUAGAGGAAAAGAGUGAGAGUGCUCUACGGAAACGUGUUCGAGACGACAGAAAAGCUAACACGGCUCAGAAGGUGCAGCAGAUGAAGCAGAGGCUAAAUGAGACUGAACGAAAAAGGAAAAGGUGGUUAUAUUGGCAGCCUAUUCUCACUAAGACUGGGUUUGUGUCAGUCCUUUUGGUUGGCGCUUUUGUUGGCUGGACGCUGUUUUUUCAGCAAAAUGUCCUAUAAACAAUUAAUUCUGCCCAGCAAGCUUCUGCAGUAGUAGCUGACAGUGCUGCAUUAAUCACAAGGGUUUAUUUGUUAGCAGCAAACUCCUCAUACCCCAAAAGAGGUGCAGUAGACUAGACAUCAUCCAGAUAAGCGACAUGUACAGUCACAAGCCCAGCAUCUCAGGACUUUUCCUCUGAAAGCCAGACUGUAAACAGCACCAUAAAAUACAGAGACGUUUACUAGAACUGGCACACCUUGCAGCUGUAUACACACGUGUUAGACGUGGUGUCUCACCUGGCCAGGUUCAGAAGUCCUUUAUCACAGGGAUUUGGUUUUGGAGGCUGUUGGGAUUUUAACAUGCACUUGAUAUAAGCAAUAAAUAUUGUGGUUUUAUCUACAUUAUUAAUGGAAAGAAAAGGACCUUUAAAUAACGUGUGUAAUGUGUAAUGUACUCUUGACAUAGGCAUCAACACUUUAUAUUCUUAGUCAUUUCAGGAUAAAUAUAUUUUAUAAUUGCCUAUUUGAUCUUACUUUUGCAGUUAAUGUGCUUUUUAAAAGCCCAAUUUGAAAAAUCUGUUAACCAUAAAAUAAUAAAUUGUAUGUUGGUUUAUUUGUGCUGGAUAAAUUUUCCACUUUCCUGAAGAGAAGUUUGAUAUAAGCAGUUUGAAAUCUGAAUAAGCAAUUUUUACUAUAUAUUUGCAUUUCUUUUAUGUUUACAGUUUUCCCAAUUUUAAAAAGGAAAAGAAAUUUUUCCUAAAAAUAUUUUUGAAAAAAUUCUCCUUACUGGGAUAGUCAGGUAACAAUUGGUCAAGACUUUGUAAAGAGAUUGGUUUCUGUAAAGCCCGUUGCUAAUACUGUUUAUUUUCAUGAAAUUUCAAUGUAAUUACCCUAGUUUAUAAUUGAGAUAAAUCAUGAUUUAGGAAAUAAAAAUAAGAAGCAGCAUUUUAUGAUCCAUGAUUUCAGUUUACUAGACUGACGUUUUGAAGUAAAAUAUUUUUCAAGUUCUUUCUACUUCAAUAAAUAGCAUGAUGAUGUGCAAACCUUACAUUGUCCCUUUAACUUCUUCUUGAAUAUUUUUUAAAGCAUACUGUAUGAUGAAUUUAACCACUCAUUUGAGUGCUGGUUUUUUUCAUAUCCCAAUGUUCAAUUCGGUGUUUAAUUUGUUUGACUUAAACUUUAGUCAUUUUAAACUUAAUUGCUAGGAAGCAUAAAUAGUACACAGUAUUUCAGUGGUUUUGAAACUGUGAUCGUUGAAUUUAGGGGCAGGCAGGAAAGACUCCAGGCUACCAACCUUUACUUUAAACCACAGCAACUCUGCUUUAUCUGUUUAUAUGCCACAUAAGAUUGCUACAUAAGGCUUAAUUAUUUUAAAGGGGGUCAUUCUAGUUUCUUUGUUUUAGUUUAAAAACCAUUGAUGUAGAUAGGUAUCUUGAAUUGAUUUGUGUAGCAUUUUGGAUGUGUUAAAAUUAUGCUGAAAGUAUUUAAAGCAGGAUGUAGGUGGUACUCAGAACCCGUUGCCAUCAAGUCGAUUCUAACUCACAGUGACCCUAUAGGACAGAGUACAUUUGCCCCACAGGGUUUGCAAGGCUCUGGUCU